GAUGGCGCAAGAGAAAGGUGUGAACAUCAGCAGGCACGAGGUACGGACCACGGAUGGUUACUGGCUCACCCUGCACAGAGUAGGAGACUCCAAGGGCACCCCUGUGCUGCUGGUACACGGACUGCUGGCUAGCUCGGACCAGUGGUUGCUGCUGGGCCCGAGUGAGUCAUAUGCUCUGGUCCUGGCAGACGCGGGUUACGAUGUCUGGAUGGGCAAUGUGCGCGGUAACGUCUAUUCUCGUAAACAUGACAGGCUAUCUCCAGAUGUCAACCCUGAGUUUUGGAACUUUAGUCUGCACGAGAUAGCAUAUUACGAUCUGCCGGCAAUGGUGGAACACAUCUCCCGCUCGACUGGCCAUGACCGGAUCUUCUACUCAGGAUACUCCGUUGGUGGAACACUGUUCCUUAUGAUGACGGCGGCCAGACCCGAGUACAACCGGAAGUUUCUGGGUGCAUUCCUGCUAGCACCGCUCCUGGUGAGGCCCGACUCCACGGAGCUGUCACCAGUCUUCAGGAUGGGCUUCGAGUUCAUAUUCGCUUUUGUGCGCGUGCUGAAGGACUACCAGGUGGGGGAGUUCUACCCUCGUCAGGCGGAGAUGCUGCGGAUGAAGGAGGAGGCCUGCAAGGCGUCGGCCCAGACCUUCCCUUUAUGUGUGCGAAUGUUGUACAAGCCCUUCGGCCUCAGGCCGUCUCAGUACGAUGUGACUAAACUUGAAUAUCUCCUUAAAUCAUUUGGCUCUGGAACGUCCACUAAAGUCAUCGAGCACAUAAUGCAAAUCAUCCAAACUGGAUGGCUCCAGCAGUUCGACUACGGUCCCCAGAAGAACCUGCUGAUGUACGGCUCCCACAAACCUCCUGAGUACGACAUCAGUAACACCACCUGUCCCGUGGUCUUACACUACGAUAAGAACGAUUACCUCGUAGACUACAAGGCUGUGGAGCUGGCGGCCAAGAAGCUUCCUUGUCUGUUCUGCGACUGUAUGGGGAACAGAGAGGGCUUCUCCCACUUCGGCUAUGUCAUAUCCAGUUACGCCAGCCAGUACGUAUUCCGCAAGGUUGUCCGCAGCAUGAGGCUGCUGGAAACCGAGGUCGGCCGUGACCUCGCCUGCUCCUGAUUCUUACUGCGACCUCAGUUCUGCAUUACCGACCUAGUACAAAUAUUUUCACACACAUCAUGGAAAACAACAAUAUUAUUUUCUUUUAUUCUCUAUCUUGAAAGUAAAUUUUAACUCUUUCAGUGUCUUUGAAUUAGCAUUUAACUUUAAUCAACUUAAAAAUAAUACCAAUUUUAUAAAUUUCGAACGGAGCUAUACUUUACAGUAUCAAAAAUGAUUUGUUUAUCUGAUAAUUUAUAACUUUACUCAAGUGUGCAAGUAAAUUGCUUAUAUCGUUACAGGCAUAUCUCGUCGUGUCUAAUAGUCGUGUGUCUAAACUGAAACCAUUUUCAAUUUUAAAGUAAUCUUAGUAGUAGACACAAAAAUUAUGUUUUGUAAACUUUUUGCUCAAAGUUUACUUUUAUUACACGAUACAAUUUUAGUGUGUAUCAUUAGUGACAUAAUAACUUGAAAAGUAAAAAACCUUAGAAGUUAUUCAGUGAGUAAUCAAAAAUUUGCAUUUAAUUCCUCACUAGGAUUGCGUGGCCAUGCCCCUUUGAAAAUUCUUUAAUUCCAUGUAAUAAAUUAAUAUUAAUAAAACUGUAACACAUCUUGCCCAAUAUGUUAUUUUCUCGAUAGAAAAAUGUAAACUACUUUCAGCAGAUUUUAGGUUAGUAUAUGAUUUAGACUGUCCUAGUUCUUAGAUAUAGGUUCCUACUUUUGCAAAGUUUGACUGCAAUUGUAAUUUAUUUAUUUAUUUUAAUCGCAUUUUUGUACAUACUUGUAGUGAUAUACCGCUCAUACGUUUAUACACUUUAAAUGAUAAAUGCAUGAAAAGCUGAU